CAGGAACAUUUUUCCCUAAGUCACCCAUGGUCAGCAUUCACCAACGGGUUAACUUCCCCCUGCAGGCCAGCGGACAGGACCUCCCACUAUCAAUUUAAAAGUUCCACCUCUUCCCUUACCCCCUAGUCUUUUUUGUCCUGUCCGGGCCAGGGAGAGGAUAGCCUGUUGGAUGAAGAAACAGGACUACUACAAGAUUCAGUAAGGGCCUAAUAUUAGCUCCCCAGAGAAGGGGUCAGCAGGGGCUUACUUACAUGCCCGUGUCUCUCCUCCCGUCUGCGGGUCAGGGGGAUGCGGAGGAAGCAUGGCCGUGUUGGGCGAUGUUUGGGGCUGAUCCUCCGGCUGGGCUGGUCAGGUGAAGUCUGAAGACGGAGUGCGCCAUUAACUGCACGCCGCUUACUAUAGAAUGAGGAGAUCGCCGUGGACCGGAAGUGACGCGGCGCGGCGGAAGUGACGCGGCGGCCAUUUUGGAUGAGGGCAAGAGCGCAAAAAAUUUCAAAAUGGGAAAAAGAAGGUAUGGAGGCGGUUUUUGGCGCUAAAACUCCAGCGUCCUAGCCUGGAGAAGGCUGAUUUCAUUGGUGGGGCAGUCAGUGAAAGGAAAACAUUGAUUUAUGCAGGAGUCUGACCUGCCCUAUUUAAAGCAAUACACACUUCCUGUGGGUGCCAUUUUGCCAUCAGUUAAGCUGAGCAUUUAUGCACACAGGUACGUGGGGGGUAUCAGCUGAGUUUUCUUGUAUUCUAAGACCAGUGGCUGAUUACUUUUUUAUCUAUUCUCUUAACCAGUUUUUCCAAUGGAACCUGGUAUGACGGGGAAAGCCUCUCACCCUAAAGGGAAAAGCCUUCCUGCCACAGAUGUAAGAAAAGACAAGUCUCCAGAGAAAACGAUUUCUGCAGAGAAACAACAGGAACCUGGGUCCUCUGUUUCACAAGAAAAUCAAUGGGAAUCCUUAGCCUCGGUGAUAAAACAGGCAGUUAUUCAGGGAUUCCAGGAGGUGUCAGGCACUAAGAAAAGACCAAGACACCAGCAUGGAAGACAGGGGGAGUCUUUUUCAGAUGUAUCUGAGGGAGAUCUGUCAUUUGACUCGGACGUCCUCUCUCAGGCAGGAUCAGAGGAGGGCGAGAUUGAUUCGGAAGAGGAAUCAACAUUUGAUUUAGCGGUGAUUGACCCGUUAAUAAGAGCAGUCAGACAGACUCUAACUUUUCCAACAGAAAUGACAAAGUUGUCAUCAGCGGAUAAACUCUUUCCAUCAUCAAAAAAGAAAUCCGCAUGCUUUCCUGUACAUUCGUCUAUCAAGGAGAUAAUUGCGUCAGAAUGGAAGAAGACUGAGAAAAGGGCUCAGACAACAGGGAAAUUCAACAAGAAGUAUCCUUUUGACGAACAGGAUUCAAAAACCUGGGAUUCACCACCUAAAGUGGAUGCGGCUGUGGUGAGGCUGGCUAAGAAGACAACACUUCCAGUAGAUGAUGCGGCAGUCUUCAGGGAGCCAAUGGAGAAGAAGAUAGAGUUCAAUCUAAGGAAAGCUUUUGGGUCCGCAGGGGCAGCCUGUAAACCAGCUGUUGCUCUGACUUCAGUGUCUAGAGCUUUGAAGGUGUGGUUGUCAGAACUUGGAGAAGCGAUAUCUUCUAAUGUAAAGAGACCAAAGCUUUUAGAGAUGUUGACAGAUUGUAAAAUGGCAACAGAAUUCAUAUCCGAAGCUUCGAUAGACCUAGUGCAUUUCUCGGCAAGAUCUAUGGCACUGUCGGUGGCAGCCAGAAGGGCUUUAUGGCUGAAGACGUGGGCAGCGGAUACAGUUUCUAAAACUAAUCUGUGUCAAUUGCCUUUUGAAGGUGAGAUGUUAUUUGGAGAGAAGCUCGACGCAAUUAUUAAAAAGGUCUCAGGUGGAAAAAGCGUGUUUCUGCCACAAGAGAGUCAGGCAAAAAGACCACGCUUUGAGACGAACUACAACAAACCGAAGGAUAAGUCAUUCAGGACGUCUAAACAGUACAAGCCUGGUAGAGAGUAUUCCAGGCAAUCUUCUUGGAGAUCAGGACAUCCAAGUUCCAGAGGGGCAGCGAAAAAACCGGGAUUUUUUUCCUCAGCCCCAUCUACUUCCGGUCGACAAUGAAGGUGGCAGGGCCCAGAACAUGGUGGGUGGCAGGUUAGCCGAUUUCUCUCAUGUCUGGGCCACAACCAUUCGAGACACAUGGGUACGAAACGUGGUGGAAUCAGGGUUUUUUCUAGAAUUCAAGACGGUACCCAGAAGAGAUUUUUUCAUAAGGUCUGUGGUCAAGGAGACAGAGUCAAGCAAAGAAAUAGCCCAGGAGUACUUGAAGCAGUUGUUCGAGUCAAGGGCAAUAGAGUUGGUCUCUCCUCAAGAAAGACACACAGGUUUUUAUUCGAAACUUUUUUUAGUAAAAAAGGCAUCAGGCGCAUUAAGACCGGUGCUGGAUAUGAGAAAGCUGAACAGAUUCCUGCAAGUGAGAAAAUUCAGGAUGGAAUCCUUAAUGUCAAUCAUGCAAGUCAUUUCAAGAGGAGAUUGGCUGACGAGCAUAGAUUUAAAAGAUGCGUAUUUUCAUGUUCCAAUCGCACAGAUGCACAGAAAGUAUCUAAGAUUCGCAAUAGACGAUGUGCAUGUUCAAUUCAAGUGUCUUCCGUUUGGUCUAGCCCAAUCCCCGAGGGUGUUUACAAAGAUAUUGGUUACUCUCAUAGCGGAAUUAAGAAAGGAGGGCUUGGCGGUGUAUCACUACCUAGACGACAUAAUGGUGGUAGCAAGAUCAAAGGCAGAAGCAGAGAUUCAGACUGCCAGAGUAAAGGAAUUUUUGCUAGAUCACGGUUGGAUAGUAAACCUGGAAAAGAGCAGUUUAAUUCCCGCUCAGACCCUACAAUAUUUAGGGGCUUUGUUUCAAACAGACAGAAAUUUAGUCAGUCUUCCCUUGGAGCGUCAAGUAAAGGUGGUCGACUUGAUAAAAGAUUUCAGGAAAAGAAAGACAGUGUCCGUGCAUCAUUGUCUGAAAGUGCUGGGAUCCAUGUCGGCAACUAUACAGAUAGUGAGAUGGGCAAGAUGGCACUUAAGACCCUUACAGAUGUUUCUUCUAAGAAAUGUAAGGCAGCCUCAUCUACAUUUACAGAGGAGGCUGUUCGUACCACAGGAGGUAAAGAAGACCCUGUUAUGGUGGUGCAGACGGAAGAAUCUGGCAAGAGGAAUGCCGUUGGAAGAACCAGAGUGGGUGAUAUUAACCACAGAUGCGUCAAGCAUGGGAUGGGGAGCCCACAUAGGCGAAGAAGUGGUUCAGGGCACUUGGAAAGGAGAAAAUGUGCCGUCAAAUCUACUGGAGUUGAGAGCGAUAAGAGAAGCCCUCACAUAUUUUUCACACCUACUGAAAGGAAGACAAGUAAAGGUUAUGUCGGACAAUACCACAGCAGUAGCUUAUUUAGCAAAGCAGGGGGGCACCAGAAGCGUGUCCUUGCUAAAGGAAGUAGAACCACUAUUUCAGUGGGCAGAAGGUUGGCUAGAAGGGUUGACCGCGGUCCACCUUCCAGGGAAGGAAAAUUGGAAGGCCGACUUCCUCAGUCGGACAAUGUUGGACCCAGGGGAAUGGAGCCUGCACGAUUGGAUUUUCGAAGACAUAGUGAGAAAGUGGGGGCGUCCAGAGAUAGAUGUGAUGGCAUCCCCACAAAACCGGAAGUGUCACCGGUUCUUUUCAAGGUUUCCCUGCAAAGAGGCAGAGGCGGUGGACGGCCUGAGUCAAAGUUGGUCACAAGGCAAAAUUUAUGUGUUUCCACCAUGCCCGUUAAUUUGGAGAGUCUUGAAAAAAAUAAGGAAAGACAGAGCAGAAGCCAUUGCGGUAAUCCCUUUCUGGCCCAGAAGGCCAUGGUUUCCUCUUCUUCAAAAGCUGGCCAUAGAGAAGCCCAUGCAGAUUCAGAGCUUUCCAGGUUGGCUGACGCAGAGAUCAAUCCAGAUCCAAAGGCACAAUCAUCUAGCCUUGAUGGCUUGGCGGUUGAGAGGGGAAAGUUAACACAGUUGUUUCAGAAGGAAGAAGUCAUAGACUUUCUGUUGAAGUCAAGGAAACCAAGCACUUCCCAGCAAUACUAUAGAGUAUGGGAGAAGUUUGUGGAAUUUGCUACAGAGAGAAAAGAAGACCCUUUGUCUCCAUCAGCUCCAAUGCUGGUAGAAUUUUUGUUUUCGGGGUAUAAGAAGAGGUUGCAUUGUAGCACACUGAGGGGUCAGGUGUCUGCAAUUUCGGCAUUAACAGGGAAGAAUUGGGCAGAGAGACCGCUGGUGAAAAGAUUCUUUAAUGCCCUAGUAAGGGUAAGACCAACGAAAAGAAGUUGUCUGCCCCCAUGGGAUCUUCCCUUCGUCCUGAAGACCUUGUCUGAGUCUCCAUUUGAACCAUUGGAGAAGGCCUCCGUUUGGAAUAUGACGCUAAAAGUGAUUCUUUUAGUGGCUGUUACAUCAGCCUGUAGAGUGGGAGAGUUGGCAGCUCUGUCAGUUUCGGAGCCACAUACAGUGAUAUUUGAAGAUCGAGUUGUGUUGAAACCAGCAUUCGGGUUCCUUCCAAAGGUCAUGUCCAAGUUCCAUAUGGACUUAGAGGUUAUUCUGCCUGCUUUCUUUCCAGACCCAAGAUCUGCAGAGGAAAAGAUGUGGCACACCCUGGAUUUAGUAAGGGCUGUGAAGAUUUAUAUGGAAAGAACAAAAGCAUGGAGGAGAUCAGAGCAUUUGUUCAUAAUACCUAACGGGUAUAGGAAAGGUCAAGCCCCAACGAAGAGAACUAUUAGUUCCUGGAUCGUGGCGGCCAUAGCAAAGGCAUACAACGUGGCAGGAAGAGGAGUACCUAAAGGGUUGAAGGCUCAUUCUACCAGGGCAUUGGCAAGUUCCUGGGCGGCGCAAGCCAGGGAGUCGCCAGAGAGUAUCUGCAAGUCGGCAAGAUGGUCGUCUUUAAAUACAUUUGUUAAACAUUACAAAUUGGAUGUAUUGUCUUCCCAGGAAGCUAAAUUUGGGAGGAAAGUUUUACAGUCUGUAAUGUCUUCCACAAAUUAAAAGUUCUGUUUAAAUGCAUUUUUUGUCCCGCCCUCUGUUUUUAGCUUGGGUAUGUCCCGUUGGUGAAUGCUGACCAUGGGUGACUUAGGGAAAACAGGAAAUUGUUUCAUACAUACCGUAAUUUCUGUUUCCUGGUCACUUCCAUGGCAGCAUUCACCGGGGAGUUUCCCACCCUUCAUAGGGGACAGCUUUAAUACUGAGACUAGGGGGUAAGGGAAGAGGUGGAACUUUUAAAUUGAUAGUGGGAGGUCCUGUCCGCUGGCCUGCAGGGGGAAGUUAACCCGUUGGUGAAUGCUGCCAUGGAAGUGACCAGGAAACAGAAAUUACGGUAUGUAUGAAA